AUUUUCCAUGAUUUCCCCCAUUGUUUAUCACCAUAGAUUUCUGUCCAAAAGAAUCUUGCUGAGGGAAUUGUAGUAUCACAAAAAACUCCUAAUCUGUUUAUUACUACAUUUAUCUUCAAUGUUAAUUUGGCCAAUUCAUACAUUUUCAUGUAAAUCUGUUACUUACAUAAACCCCCAGAGGAAUUAAAAAAAUAUACAACCCCCCCAUCAUAAACAAUUGCAUAUUAUUUCAGGGUUAUUGGAAUUGGAAAUGGAUCAAGAAAUUCCCCAUAUGAAAGAAGGUAUCCACCCUCAUUCAGGAACUGACCAACCUCGAACGAAUGACGAGGUGAAAUGAUAUCCAAUCAGAACGGUGAAAAAAUGUCACGCAGGCAUGGUGGCAGUGUCAAUAUUGUCGUUGAGCUUGCUUUUGUUGCCAUGAAGUCACUGGUGUUGUUCUAGUUAUCAGAAAGCCACUAUAUGUAAGAUUGUCUCCUACCAAGACAAACAUUUAACAACACAUAUCUAUCUGAAUGUUCCGCAUGAUUCUGAACGCGUCCACUAGUAUACCUUGCGUUACGUCUGGAAUCCUGCGUUCAUCUGCGCAGCUUUCAUUCUCCACUGGUUCUAUUCCGAGAGUAGUUUGCGGCAGAGCGCUUUCCAAACAGCACCAACUCAAAGCAGGGUUAGGGUUGAUCUUAUAGAUGUCAGACUGAAGACAGUCCGAGCCACCACUGGUACUGACACAGAGAUAGGUUUAGUAAAGUAGGGCUGGACACAGGUGGACUUUCACGUCGUCGGCGUUGUGACAACAACAUAGACCAACGCAAUGAGCAGCAAUAAUGAACUCCGCUUUGAUCCAAAGGAGCACCAGCACCUGCGCUACAACCCCCUCCGGGACACGUGGGUUCUGGUGUCGGCCCACAGGAUGAAGAGACCUUGGAGUGGCCAGGUGGAGAAGGAAGAGGAGGACCAAGUACCUCAACACGACCCAAACAACCCCCUCUGUCCUGGGAACACCAGGGCCAACGGAGAGGUGAACCCAGACUACAACAACACAUUUGUGUUUGAGAAUGACUUCCCAGCCCUGCAGCCUAAUGCUCCUGACCCAGGAUAUAACCAACAUCCACUGUUCCAGUCUAAAGCAGCCAGGGGCGUCUGCAAGGUGAUGUGUUUCCACCCCUGGUCUGACGUCACACUGCCUCUCAUGACGCUUCCUGACAUCAUCAAAGUGAUUGACAAGUGGGCAGAACUGAUGGUGGAUCUAGGCUCCACCUACCCCUGGGUCCAGAUCUUUGAGAAUAAAGGAGCAAUGAUGGGCUGUUCCAACCCCCAUCCUCACUGCCAGGUGUGGGCCAGUAACUUCCUGCCUAAUGAAGCCACCCUGUCGGACCGCUGUCAGAGAGAAUACCUGAAGACCCACGGAGAACCUCUACUGCUGCAGUACGCUAAGAUGGAGGCAGAAAGACAGGAGCGUGUAGUGGUGCAGAAUGCUGAUUGGCUGGCUGUGGUUCCAUACUGGGCCACCUGGCCGUUCCAGACGUUGCUGUUACCACGGAGACAUGUCCAGAGACUGACUAACCUCACCGCCCAGGAGAGAGAGGGACUGGCCUCCAUUAUGAAGAGACUCUUGACUAAAUAUGAUAACCUGUUUCAGAUCUCCUUCCCCUACUCCAUGGGCUGGCACGGCGCCCCUACCGGCCCCUAUCUUAAAGAGGACCAGUUCCACUGGCAGCUCCAUGCUCACUAUUACCCCCCCCUGCUCCGAUCUGCCGGUGUACGCAAGUUCAUGGUGGGAUAUGAAAUGCUGGCGCAGGAGCAGAGAGACCUUACACCUGAACAGGCUGCUGAACGACUGAGGAACCUUCCAGAAGAACACUACAAGACCAUUGAGACGGCAGGAGAGAUUGGUGGAGAGACAACUCUGGCCCUACCACGUCACACCUCUACCAAACCUCUGACUCUACCACAACUCUGACCCUACCACACCUCUGAUCCUGACCCUACCACACCUCUGACCUUACCACACCUCUGACCCUACCACACCUCUGAUCCUGACCCUACCACACCUCUGACCCUACCACACCUCUGACCCUACCACACCUCUGACCCUACCACCACUAUGACCCUACCACACCUCAGAUCCUGACCCUACCACACCUCAGAUCCUGACCCUACCACACCUCUGACCCUACCACACCUCAGAUCCUGACCCUACCACAACUCAGAUCCUGACCCUACCACACCUCUGACCCUACCACGCCUCUGACCCUACCACGCCUCUGACCCUACCACACCUCUGACCCUACCACACCUCUGACCCUAUCACACCUCUGAUCCUACCACACCUCUGACCCUACCACACCUCUGACCCUACAACACCUCUGACCCUACAACACCUCUGACCCUACAACACCUCUGACCCUACCACCACUAUGACCCUACCACACCUCAGAUCCUGACCCUACCACACCUCAGAUCCUGACCCUACCACACCUCUGACCCUACCACACCUCUGACCCUACAACACAUCUGACCCUACCACAUCUCUGACCCUACUACACCUCUGACCCUACUACACCUCUGACCCUACAACACCUCUGAUCCUGACCCUACCACACCUCAGAUCCUGACCCUACCACACCUCUGACCCUACCACACCUCUGACCCUACCACACCUCUGACCCUACCACCACUAUGACCCUACCACACCUCUGACCCUACUACACCUCUGACCCUACUACACCUCUGACCCUACUACACCUCUGACCCUACCACACCUCUGACCCUACUACACCUCUGACCCUACUACACCUCUGACCCUACUACACCUCUGACCCUACCACACCUCUGACCCUACUACACCUCUGAUCCUGAUCCUACCACACCUCUGACCCUACCACACCUCUGAUCCUGACCCUACCACACCUCUGACCCUACUACACCUCUGACCCUACCACACCUCUGACCCUACCACACCUCUGACCCUACCACACCUCUGACUUUAACUCUGUCACAGGAUCAUCAAGUAGACUCAGCAGCAUACCGCCAGUUGGUGAACCCUGGUCUAUCACAUUGACAUUAGAUAUUAAAGUAUGAAUAACAGGAAGUGCCUAUCAAAACAGUUUGAUACAAAUAAUACUAGAUCUCUUUUUGGGAAGACAAAUAUAUAACAUUGCUGAUGGUGCCUUCAGAAAGUUUUCACACCCCUUUUUGUUGCUUCAGUAAAAAUGUAUUUUAGAUUAAGAUGUUAUGUCACUGGCCUACACACAAUACCCCAUAAUGUUAAAUUGGAAUAAUGUUUGUAAAUUGAUAAAAAUAAAAAGUUAAAACGUCUUGAGUCAAUAA